AUGAAAAACUACGACAAUUUUAAUUCCAACGACGUUCGUUGUUGUGAUAGUGAUACAUCUGAUGUUGAAUUGAAUGAUGUUAAGGAUGACAGUUAUUCAGUAUCUAGUGGGUAUCAAAGUUCAAAUGAUGGUGAUAGCGCUGAUAAUACUUACAAUGAUGAUCUAGUUAAAGUAGAUGUAGUUGUAGGUGAUAGAUUGGUGAAUAUUAACUCCAUUAAUGCUGAUGAAAUUCGUGCUAUGGAAUUUGGUAUUGUUGAUGAAGCUUAUGAAUUUUAUUAUCGGUAUGAUAAAUGUAAAGGUUUUUCCAUUAGAAAAAGUGAUGUUAGGACAAUAAGGCCCGAAGGUAGUAAAAUAACAGUAAUGAGGCUGUUUCUAUGCAAUAAACAAGGUUUAAGAGAGAAUAAAUACUUAUAUAGGAUUGAUAGGGAAAUAGAUCACAGACGUUUGACCCGUACUAAAUGUCUGGCUAGGCAUCAUGUGCACUAUAAAGCCAAAAAAGAUAGAUAUGUAGUGUUAGUUUUUGAAGAGACUCAUAACUAUGAAUUAACCCCAUCUAGAUUUGUGCACUUACAUCCCAUUUAUCGUGAAAUUUAUGAAGCAGAUAGAGCUCAAAUUGGUGGUCUUCAGUCACAUGAAAUUAGAAAUUGUCAUAUAAUAGAGUACACACUACAAUGA